CCUUCCGCGGCGUGUUUUGUUUGCGACGCUGUCGCAAUUACAGCGCGCUUUACGGCCGGGGCGACGGAGCGAGCGGGCGCCAGGGCCGCUCGGGCCGGGAAGCAGGGCCGGCAGGCCAAGUGGAUGCCCGGUGGCGGGGCCAGCGCCACGUCAGGCCGGCUUCUCCUCAGCGCGGAGCAGAAGGGGUCCCGGGAAGCGACAGCGGCGUUCCGCAACGGCCCGGGGGGCUCGGGCGGCGGAGGCCCCGCGGGCAGGAUGAGCCUGAGCCCGAAGGAGCUGUCGAGCCUGCUGAGCAUCAUCUCGGAGGAGGCGGGCGGCGGCAGCACGUUCGAGGGCCUGUCCACCGCCUUCCACCACUACUUCAGCAAGGCCGACCACUUCCGCCUGGGCUCGGUGCUGGUGAUGCUGCUGCAGCAGCCCGACCUGCUGCCCAGCGCGGCGCAGCGCCUCACCGCGCUCUACCUGCUCUGGGAGAUGUACCGCACCGAGCCGCUCGCCGCCAACCCCUUCGCCGCCAGCUUCGCGCACCUGCUCAACCCCGCUCCGCCCGCCCGCGGCGGCCAGGAGCCCGACCGCCCGCCGCUCUCAGGAUUUUUACCUCCUAUAACUCCACCAGAAAAGUUUUUUCUUUCCCAGCUCAUGCUGGCACCUCCAAGGGAACUCUUCAAAAAGACGCCUCGCCAGAUUGCAUUGAUGGAUGUUGGAAACAUGAGCCAGUCUGUGGAUAUUAGUGGGCUUCAGCUGGCCUUGGCUGAACGCCAGUCUGAAUUGCCAACCCAGAGUAAAGCCAGCUUUCCUAGCAUUCUCAGUGACCCAGACCCAGAUUCUUCUAAUUCUGGGUUUGACAGCUCGGUUGCCUCUCGGAUUACAGAAUCUUUAGUCAGUGGACCAAAACCACCUAUUGAAAGCCAUUUCCGGCCAGAGUUUAUCCGUCCACCACCCCCUCUCCACAUUUGUGAGGAUGAACUGGCUUGGCUAAAUCCCACAGAGCCUGACCAUGUGAUUCAGUGGGAUAAAUCCAUGUGUGUUAAGAAUAGCACUGGUGUGGAGAUCAAGAGAAUCAUGGCCAAAGCUUUUAAAAGCCCUUUAUCAUCUCCCCAGCAGACACAGCUUCUUGGUGAGUUGGAAAAAGACCCCAAGCUUGUUUAUCACAUUGGUCUCACUCCAGCCAAACUUCCAGACCUAGUGGAAAACAAUCCUCUAGUUGCUAUAGAAAUGUUGCUGAAAUUAAUGCAGUCAAGCCAGAUCACUGAGUAUUUCUCUGUCCUGGUCAACAUGGAUAUGUCUUUACAUUCAAUGGAAGUUGUAAACCGGCUAACUACAGCUGUUGAUCUACCUCCUGAAUUCAUUCACCUUUAUAUAUCAAAUUGCAUCUCUACUUGUGAACAAAUUAAGGAUAAAUAUAUGCAGAAUCGUUUGGUGCGUCUUGUGUGUGUCUUUCUCCAGUCCUUGAUCCGUAACAAAAUUAUUAAUGUACAGGACUUGUUUAUAGAAGUGCAAGCCUUCUGUAUUGAAUUCAGUAGGAUACGAGAAGCUGCAGGUCUUUUCCGGUUGUUGAAGACCCUGGAUACUGGGGAAACGCCUUCAGAAACUAAAAUGUCAAAAUAAUACCUCACCAGAACCACCCAUUCAUUGCUCAACUGUAUUGUGAUUAGUUUUUAAAACCAAAUGGAUUGUUUGGUUUAAUGCACAUAAACAACACUUUAUUUACUUAAAGCAGAGUUUUGCUUUUUCUGGAUGACUUCUCCCUAAAGAUGAAUUUUUGGUAAACAUUUGUGAAAAAUGGUUUUUAAUUGUCUUGCCAACAACCAUCCAUAGCAGGAAAAUUUAACCCCAAAGUUACUGUAAGAAAGUGGUAAGCUGUUUAAAACUUUUUUUAAGCACUGAAGAGCCAAGUGCCUGCUGUUGCUUAAAAGACAAGCCACAAGCUUCUGAGAAAACCAGAAAUCCUAAGGUUCCAAUGUUAAAAGUAUUCAAUAAGUGAAGACACUUAAGAAUUUGAUUGUUGUUCCUAUGGUGAGAUUAGUUGAGAGGAGCUUUUCACGUAACAUUAAAGAUAGUCUGCAACCAUGACAACAGAACAUGUGAGUUCCUCGGGCCUUUAACAAACAUGGGAACUUUUAGGAACCUCCUUUUUCUAGUUUAUAGUAGUAGGCAUUGUUCUCUUUUUUUCUUUUUUCCCUUGAGAUGAUUCUUGGUUAUUAGUCAGAGAUGGCUGAUUUUUUGUUUUAAGGAAAAAAUUGAGUCAGGGCUUUGGGAAGUAAUAUUACCCCAGAAAUGCUGUCUGGUGGGAUGGAGGCCUUUGACACAUAGGAAAGCAAGCAAGGUGUAGCACUUUGGACAACAGUGCCUUUCAUUAAAGUUCUUUUUUAAAUCAA